UCGGCUGGAAUUGUGUGUUUGAUCGGGUUAUUCUGUUUAACUUAUUGCGGUUUUAUUCGACAUAUAUAUUUGCAAUGGCCAGUGAAGUGGAUACGUUUCUAGAAGGCCUUGAAUUGAAAGAAUAUGCAGAUGCAUUUAAACAGAAUGGCUUCACUAAUUUACAAAGUUGCUGUACUUUGAAUGAAGACAAGCUACAAGAACUUGGUGUGAUUAAGCGAGGUCAUCAAAAGAGGAUAUUACGUAAUUUGCCUGUGGAUGCUUUGCAGAGUAUACAACAAGAUAUGUCUGAUAUGAUUGACGAGAGUGGUUCUCGUCAAUCAUAUCCUCAAGGAUCUGGUGAUACAACAUCAAUAAUCCAGAUGCCUGAAUUUGAUGAAAAAAAAUAUUUUCUAAUACCACCUGUAAAACAUGAUAUUUCGGCAAAGCCCCACCCUGUUCCUCAACCAAGAAUGCGCAAAAUAAAACCAGACCUUGAUUAUCCUGCCCCAAUGUCUAGCUGUGAGCCCAGUUUGAAAACGCUAAAACAAAAACCGGAUGUGCCUCCUAGACCUCCAAGUAUUGGUAUGAGACCUGUAGAGACACCUGUAACACAAUCUAUUUCAAAUGGACAAAUUAGUAACAAAGAGUCAGUAAUUCAGAUUCCAAGUGAAAAGACACCAGACCUACCAGCUAAGACAAAACCUAAACCUCCUGUUAGAACAACGCCCAUCAUGGAUAAUAAUUCAACUUCAAGUCCUGCAGUACUUCCAGAUACUUUGAAAUCCUGUGAAGAUACUACAAAAAUUAUUGAUAUCAUCCCAUCACAACCAAUUUCUAGACCUCCACCAAUAAACCUGAGAGUCUCUGAGCCAUCACCAGGUACUACAGCAUCCUCUCGACGAACACCUGACAACAUGACAGCCUCUGGGCCAUCACCAGGUACGACAACAACCUCUGGACCAUUAGCAGGCAACAUGACAGCCUCUGGGCCAUCACCAGGUACGAUAACAACCUCUGGACCAUUAGCAGGCAACAUGACAGCCUCUGGGCCAUCACCAGGUACGACAACAACCUCUGGACCAUUAGCAGGCAACAUGACAGACACUGGGCCAUCACCAGGUACGACAACAACCUCUGGACCAUUAGCAGGCAACAUGGCAGCCUCUGGGCCAUCACCAGGUACGACAACAACCUCUGAACCAUUAGCAGGCAACAUGACAGACACUGGGCCAUCACCAGGUACGACAACAACCUCUGGACCAUUAGCAGGCAACAUGACAGCCACUGGGCCAUCACCAGGUACUACAACAACCUCUGGACCAUUAGCAGGCAACAUGACAGCCUCUGGGCCAUCACCCGGUACCACAACAACCUCUGGACCAUUAGUAGGCAACAUGACUAAAUUUCUUGAUAUCAUCCCACCACGACCAAUAUCUGGACCUCCACCAAUAAACAUGAGAGCCUCUGGGCCAUCACAAGGCACCACAACAAUCUCUGGAAUAAUACCAGACAACAUGACAACCUCUAGACAAUCAACUGGCAACAUGACAGACUCUGGCCCACCACCAGUUAAUAUAACAGACUCUGGGCUUUCACCUGGCAACAUGCAAGCCUCUAGACCCUCACCCAUCGAGAUGACAGCUAUUGGGCAUCCAUCAAUGGCCUUUGGACCAUCACCAGGCAACAGUACAUCCUUGUCAGCAUUAAAGAAUAAAAGUGACUCUGAUGGUGAAGAUUAUGUUUCAAUGGGAAAAUCUCAUAUAGAGGACACUAAUCCAGAAUUUGAUGUUGAUGGAACUGCCUAUGACAUUUUGGUUAAUAAAACAAGAAACAGGGCACAGCCUGUAACACCAAGGAAAACAUCAGACCUAAUAAAUCUGAGAAAUUCUAUUGCUGUAGAGUUGCCCUCACCGCAAGAGCCGUACAAUACAAUUAAUUUGUUGGAUAGUAUUGAGCCUAUACACAUGGAAGAUUCAUGCAGGAGUAGUAAACCACCACCUGAUUGUCCUCCUCCCCCUCCACCAUUUGCUUGUAAAGAUCCAACACCACUGCAAACAUUUGUGAAAGAGGUAAUAGAUAUUGAUAAUUUACCACCUCCUCCCCCUCCAAGAGUUGAUUCUAUAUAUCUUGAAGAACCACGACCAGUUUCUAUUCCUCAAGCAUCCCCAGCUAGACCAGCUCCACCUCCACCAGUCCCUCCUACAAUGAUUCCACUCAGAAUUGGUAAUGAAUUUGAUGGUAGUGUCAGUGGAGAUAUUGAUGACUACGAAGUUCUCAAGCCACCACACAAGCCUCCCCAGCUUCCUUCACUGCCAGCCCUUCCAAACAGACGGCGACCAAGAGAACCACUACCAGUUCCUAUUCCCCAAGCACCCCCAGCCAGACUAGCUCCACCUCCACCAGACAAUCCUACGAUAAUCCCACUCAUUGAUGGUAGCGAAUUUGAUGGUAGUGCCAGUGGAGGUAUCGAUGACUACGAAGUACUCAAGCCACCACAUUAUUCUUCUCAACUUCCUUCACUGCCAGCUCAUCCAAACAUAAGACACAGAGAACAACAACCAGUUCCUAUUUCGCAAGCACCCCCAGUCAGAUCAGCUCCACCCCCACCAGACACUCCUAUGAAGAUCCCACUCGUUGAUGAUGAUGAUGAAUUUGAUGAUGGUGCCAGUAGAGACUGCCAGAGUGAGGAUAGUGAUACAAGCGAUGAAAUGCUAGAUUAUGACUCUAGAAUGAAUGAAAUUUCACCCAAGGCAAAAUCACUUGAAAAAAGUGGUUUCCUCUAUAAACAAGGCGGAAAACAAAACACAAAAGGUUGGCGCAAACGUUGGGUUGUAUUUAAUGGAAAAGAUCUAAGAUAUUACAUUUCUAAAGAG